GUUUGACAUUUAGAAACAACUCAGCUCUCUAUGUCAAACAAACAGCUGAUUACUCUUAAUAUAUUUCCUUCAUAAUAAACAAAAAACACAAAAAAAACUAAAAAAUAUAAUUAUAAAUAAGUUUUAAAUAACAAUAAAUCUAACGGCCACUUCGAAUAUGUUAAGAAAUUAAUUGAAAACAAGUGCAAAUAUCAAUGCUAGUGGGUGUGUGUGCUGCCUUUUGGGUUUCUCUGCUGAAAUUCUUUGUGAACCUUAUCUCGAGCUACUCUUAAAUCCUCCCCUGAAAACGAAAAGAAAAACGAUAAGAUUUCUGCGCUUCUUUUGUUGGCAUAGCUUCUUAUGUUUACCAUCAUGGAUAACCACCGGAAACGGGCACGCCUUGAAUUGGUGCAAGCCUCAUCCUCACAAAAUGAUUGUUUACAGGGAGUGGCCACAGCAACGGGUACAACAUUGUCCAUUGGUGGACAAAGUUUCAUAUUAAGCAAUUCGGCCGCAACACUUCCCGCCAACAUUUUACUUUCGAUAUGUGAUGAUAAUUCAGAUGAAUCGGAAGAAUACAUUAUAGAUAGCUCAGUAUUGCAACAAAUCAAACAGGAGAGCAAUGUGGCCGCCACGCCAGCAAUAGCAACAACACAGCCAGCCACAACCACUCAGUUGUUGACCACAGUGCCACAGUAUCGUAUUAUAAAUCAAUCAGGGAAACCCAUAAUUAAUCACAACAACAGCAACAACAAUAGCAGCAAUUUUACCACAACACCCACCACCAACAACAACAACAACAAUACACCGGCACUGGUGAAUACAAAUUUGGCCGCUGCUAACACAACUCUAAUCCCAACUAGCAUGCAACUAUCCAGUGGCUGUGAGAUUUAUGUUAUCAAAGAAAUCCAACAACAACCUCCUAAACAACUACUCUCCGAGAAUAUAACAACAGCAGCAACAACAAGAAAUAAGUUACCCAACAAUACGACAAUUAAAUUGGAACCUAUGUCACCAACUUCCACUUCAUCCACAUCAUCCGGAGGUGGUGGGGGUACAAUGCAAAUUUUGCGUACCACCAACGUGGGCGCAUCAACAGCCAACAAUCAAAAACAGCAACAGCAACCACCACAAACUAUUAUCUCGAAUCUUGGCCAACAAUCUAUUGUGGUAAAUAAUGCCAACACCAACACCAUUGCUGUCGGUGGUCAGCGCGAGCAAGAGGAUUCCAGCAAACAGCGUAGCCUCAUUUUGGAAGCCUACAAGAAACGUGAUGAUAAACGUCGAGCAACCCACAAUGAGGUGGAACGUCGUCGUCGUGAUAAAAUAAAUAGUUGGAUAUUUAAAUUGAAAGAAAUGCUACCAUCGGAUAUGAAUAGUGUUGUCACCAACGGUUCGGCUGGGGUGACCCUUAUCAAGGAGUCUGUUAAUAGCACCCCGCCAAGACUUCUGUUGCAACCGCAGCAAGGCUCAACUCGUGCACCGCCAAGUGAUUCAAAAUCUCAAAUAUUGAUAAAAGCAUGCGAAUAUAUUAAAUCGAUGCAGGACGAAAUACAAAGCCUCCGCGAGUGCCUUACGGAAAAUGAAAAUUUACGUUUGAGCAAUCAACGCCUGCAGAAUGAAAUCAAUGAGCUGCGCAACAAACAACACCAAGCAGAAGAAGGAGAAGAAGAUGCCGAACAACAACAAGAUGCUGAACAAAUCCUCAUAAAUCAUCACAACAACAACAACAACAAUCACUCGAACAAUAAUCACUCGGAUAGCAGUGCCCUUUUACUUAGUCCCAGCGAUGAUGAUGAAUGUGAAUUAACUUUAAAUUCUCUGAAUACAACCUAUGCCAAUGUGCAACUGUUCUCACCAAAUGCCAGGACGAUUAUUGGUCCGGCGGUCACAACAACAGCCACCACGUCGGGCGGUACGUUGGUUAACACAAAUACGGGUAUAAUCUAUGCUAAACGUGAGCUAAUCAUAAGGGAUUAUGUGGAUUAAAGGGGGUGGUUAGGGGGUGGAGGUGAAGAAGAAAAGGAGUUACUUAAACGCAAAGCUGAGAAAUUUAAAAGAAAAAUUUUUAAACGAUUUUAUUUUUAGUAAUUUAAAUGUGUUAUUGUGAUAUGUAUGAAAUUAUCACAGAAUUUAUAUUUUUUUAAAUAUUUAUUCAAUUUUUUUGAUUUGUAAAACUUUGAAAUUUUAUUUAAUUUUUAUGUGUGUGAUUUUUUUUUAAAAUUAAUAUUUUUUAAAUUUAUUUUAUAUUUUAAAUUAUUUUUAGCCAUAGUAACCAACAAGAUUUUAUUGUAUACCUCAUUGUUUGUAGUGUGUUUUUGUAGGUGUUUUUUAUUAUUAUUUUAUAUUUUUUAUAAUUAUUUAAAAUUUAUAUUUAUAUUAUAUUUAUAUUUAUUAUUAAGGGCCAUGUUUGAAAUAUGACCUCUUAAGAUGGGAAUACAUAAAGCGCUUAUCUGACUGCCUUAAGUCAUUGGAAAUGAACAAAAGGAGCCUAGGGCAAAAAUCGAUCUAUGUCAACCUAAAACUCCUUUUUUCAUCUACGAAGAAGCCAGCCAAAUAUGCGCUUUACGUAUUUCCACCCUUAGUUGUAGAAAGCUUUAAUUGAUUUUUUAAAUGUGUGUUAUUUUUUAAAUAUUUAUGGUCUUAUGGUUUCUGUUAUUUAUUUAUUUUAGUUUCCUGGAAACACAGAAAGAUAUAGUGCAAUAAAAAAAUAAAGAAAACAUGUUAACAUUGUUAUGCCUAAGAAAUUAAAACAUAAUACAAAUAUAAUAAAAUAUACUACACAAAACUGUUACAUUUUUUUGUAAAAAAAGAAUAUCUUUUUUUCUCAUAGAUAAAUAUAUUAAAAAUCAUUAUAAACUUAAAGAAUACCAAACACUGUUACAAUUUCAAAAAUAAUAAAAAUAAACAUCUAAUGUAGUGCUUCCUAAUUCAAAUUUCUUUCUAGAAAAACUAAAACCACAAAUCCCAUAUUUAAGCUCCUAGCGUUUCCUGUUCCUAUUAUCAUUUUUUUUUCAAAAUCUAAACGGUUUCUUUGUUGGAAAAUAUUGUUCCCAUGUUUCUACCAAAACCCAAACUUCAUACCUAGCUUUUUUCCAAAUAUCCUCUUAAAAAUAAUAAUACAAAAAAAUACUAAUUUUUUAUUAUUUAGAAAUGAAAAAACAAAAAUAAAUGAAAUUGAAAACAAUAAACAAUGCAAUAUUACACAAAAUAUUUAAAAAAUAUAGUAUAUAUUAUUAAAUUAUAAAACAAAAAAAAAAAGAAAAUAAAAACAACACAUGUUAACAAUUGACACAUAGGAAAAACCAACAUACACACAAAUAUUUAAAGCCAAAAAGUAAUGAAAAAAAGAAGUUGUAAGAAUUUUUUUCACAUUGUUAUAAAACUAUAUAUAUAUAUACAAACAAUAUAUACAUAAAUGUAUUAAAAAACAAAUCUAGUUAUUAUAUAUAUAUCAUUGUUAUAAAGAUUUACAUAAACAUUUUUAUCAAAAAAAAAGGAAAUUAAAAACAGUUAUCAUAACAGAAAUUUCUUUUAUAGUAAACAAUAAAAAUCUUAAAGAAAUUAAUUUUUUAAAAAUUUAAUUACAACAUGAUAUCAAGAAUAUAUAAUAUAAACCCAAAUUAAAGUUAAAUAGUUGAGGUUAAUAAAAAGAGAAACAAAAAAUAAAAACAAAACAAUAAUAAAAUUUUAAAUAAAAAUUAAAAAAAAGAGAAACAAAACAAUAAUAAUUUAAAAAUUUAAAUAAAAA